GAGGGAGAGAGCCAGAGCUGGGCGCAAGAGAAGGGCCAGCACAUUACAUCAUCGCUUGGCCUGGAAUCAAAUGGGAAGGAUAUGACUCACUCAAGCUAGUUAAGCUUUGGCUCAAAUUCUACACACACUCAUUCCAGAGCUCUCAUGUUCUGCACCUCAGGAGGGAAUUCAGCCUCAGUGAUGUCCAUGAGGCCUGUCCCAGGCUCUCUAUCUUCUCUGCUACAGCUCCACAACAGACAGAGACAGCCCAUGCCAGCCUCCAUGCCCGGGACCCUGCCCAACCCUACCAUGCCAGGAUCUUCCGCUGUCCUGAUGCCAAUGGAGAGACAAAUGUCAGUGAACUCCAGCAUCAUGGGGAUGCAAGGUCCAAAUCUCAGUAACCCCUGUGCUUCUCCCCAAGUCCAGCCAAUGCACUCAGAAGCCAAAAUGAGGUUGAAGGCCGCUUUGACUCACCACCCUGCUGCCAUGUCCAAUGGGAAUAUGAACACCAUGGGACACAUGAUGGAAAUGAUGGGCUCCCGGCAGGACCAGACGCCGCACCAUCACAUGCACUCACACCCGCAUCAGCACCAGACACUGCCACCCCAUCACCCCUAUCCGCACCAGCACCAGCACCCAGCACACCAUCCUCACCCUCAACCCCAUCACCAGCAGAACCACCCACACCAUCACUCCCACUCCCACCUCCAUGCACACCCAGCACAUCACCAGACCUCGCCACACCCGCCCCUGCACACCGGCAACCAAGCACAGGUUUCACCAGCAACGCAACAGAUGCAGCCAACACAGACUAUACAGCCGCCUCAGCCCACAGGGGGGCGCCGGCGAAGGGUGGUGGAUGAGGAUCCCGACGAGAGGCGGCGGAAAUUUCUGGAACGGAACCGGGCAGCUGCCACCCGCUGCAGACAGAAGAGGAAGGUCUGGGUGAUGUCACUGGAAAAGAAAGCAGAAGAACUCACCCAGACAAACAUGCAGCUUCAGAAUGAAGUGUCUAUGUUGAAAAACGAGGUGGCCCAGCUGAAACAGUUGCUGUUAACACAUAAAGACUGCCCAAUAACAGCCAUGCAGAAAGAAUCGCAGGGAUAUCUAAAUUGAGCAACACAGAUUCUCCCACCACAUGUGAGUAUUUUUCCACAUUUGAUAUAUGGAUGGCUAUUUGAAAAUACGAGACGGGGAAGUUCACAUACCAGGAUUCAAACACAUCAGAAUCAUUUCGCUGAUCUAGAAAGCAUGGCUUUGCUCGUAGCUGUAAACUGGGAAGGCAUAGCUUUGUGAUAACAGUUGGAAAUAAAGCUUGGAAGUAAACUUCCGGAAGAAAACGUGUGAAACUCUUCUAUUUCAAGUAAACGUCAAGUACUAUGUUUCCAAGAAGUCCACACAAGCUAUACUGGGGUGUGUGUGUGUGUGUGUUUUUUCCUAGGUCCGGAGAGCAGCCCUCCUGCAAGCCCUGUUCCAGCUUGCUCCCAGCAACAAGUCAUCCAGCAUAACACCAUCACCACUUCCUCGUCGGUCAGCGAGGUCGUAGGAAGCUCCACCCUCAGUCAGCUCACCACUCACAGAACAGACCUGAACCCGAUUCUUUAAAAUGCACGGUCAGACCUGACCUCCAAGAAGAGCUGUAGCAUCCCAUGGGUCCUUUCUUUCAAGGGCAUUUUUAGAAUUAACUCAGACCUGGAAGACUCCUCAGCCCUUCAAAGACUGGCUUUCAUUUUUAUAGUUACUAUGGAAAUGUCUUUUAUACUUAGUUAUAUAAGAAAAAAGGGAGUUAUGCAAUUAAUAUCUAUUGGCUUGGAAAAUGCUUUGGUGCUUUUCUCCAAUUUUCUGGUACCAGUUACUUGUUUAUAAACUGAACCUUUUCUGUAUAUAGUCAUGGUUUCAUUCUUACCAGUCCAAUCCUCUCCCUGAAACAUUGAAUCUUGCUAAACCACAGCUUUCAGCCAAAUGAGGCAUACCUAGAUGUCAAGUAAGACCGACCCAAGGUAACUGGGUAGGAAAUCUGAUGACAUCAUAACUCAUGUUGAGUUUGCGCUGUGAUGUCACCAGAAUCCCAGAUAAACAUAUAGCCUUCUCCACAACAUUUUUUUCCUCCUACUAUAAAAAAUCAUAAGAUCCACCGAUGUCCAAAUAAAACCACCAAGCAUCUCGCCACCUCUCCUAUUCCUCUUGGUCCACUUGCUCGAAUCCCCAGUUUUCCUCUCCAUUUCCACUUUUUCUUGGGCUCCCUGUUUACUCGUCAUUUUGACUUUCUUCUGUGUUGUUUCCCUUUAGCAUUGCAUGUGAAGAAGAAAAUAAUGUUUAAA